UAUCUAUGACCAGUAUUUUGUUUGGGGAAAACAUUGGAAUAGACAAGUAUUAUUACAAAACGCUUAAUUUGAUAAUCAUUUCGAGACAGUCGCACAGUGUUUUGUUUGGACUAUCUAUGACCAGUGGCGGCGUUUUGUCUGGGGAAAACAUUGGAAUAGACAAGUAUUAUAACAAAACGCUUCGUUUGAUAAUAAUCAUUUCGAGACAGUCGCACAGUCAUGUUGGGGACUAGUUGCUAUAUAAUGUUUCGAUGAUGAUGUGUAGAGGAAUAACGCCAAUUUAUUGUGAUUAUUCAUAAGUUGUACUUCGACAGAGAAAUGUCAAACGUAUUUCAGAUAUCGUGGAUAUUAAAAAAAUGAAUGGGUGCAAAACGUUGUGACUUUGGACUUAUUCUCCAGCUACAUGUCGUUUGGCUUGCUCCUGUGGUGCCAAUAGAGGAAAAGAAUUUUGAAAGAUUUUCAUUCGCUAAAAAAUGACAGCAUAAGCGAUUAUUACAACAUGUGAAAUACAUGUAUAGUAUUAAAUUGUGUGUUUGGGUACAGGUUUGGAAAGCUGGGAAAAUUUUUCUUGAAAACUGCAAGAAAAUGAAAACUGAAAGCGACAAUGACAAUGCUAAAGCAUUCCUGGAUUAAACAGUUUAACAUGGACGAGAUAUCAACGGUGAGCAAAAAAGUGAAAGAUAUAGAACGAGAAAUCGAGAAUGGAGUUCAUAGCGCAACUAUCAAUCUCUCACUGUUUGACAGUGGUAUUGAAGCAGGUGUUAACAAAAGGGAAUCGCAAACGGAAACAGAAGAACCAACAGUGGCCACGUUUUACUUGAAUAACGAAAAUGGAAAGGAGACACCGAGUCCCAUACUGCGGAACUUGAACGCGGUCCGGAAGUACUCGUUCACGAGGUCGAUCCUGAAAAAGAACCACUCCGAACCGUACGUGCCAGGCAAACAGAAUGGAGUCUACUUUCAAAAUAAGGCGUUCGAAGGCGAUGACGUCACUUCAUCCAAACGACGUCAGUCUUUUGCUGACGUGGUGACCCAGUUCAUCGCGGAACCAAUCAAAGAGGACAGUCACCCGUUUGGGCGUGGCCACCUGUACAAGUCUGUGCUCGAUUAUGACCAACCAAAAAUACAUCGAGGCGAGGAGAGCGUGUUGAUGUGGGUGCUCGCUAUACUGCUUAUUCUGGGGAUCGCCGUUGGCGUCAUUAUUAUGUCACAGAUGCACAUAUUACGACAGAAAUACCUCGGCGACAUAGGAGGAACGGCAAAUCAAACCUCGAUCUCUCAAUGACAAUAUUGCAGCGAGUGAGAUCCAGCCUCUUGUCACUAAUGUUGCCUUGGACUUUGACAUGCAACACGGAAAAUCAUCAAAAGGACAAAGUGCCAUUCACUGCCAUUGCAUUAAUUAAACACGCGAGAUAAGGACGCAUGAUUAUUCUUGUGGCAGAAUUGAAAAAAAAGAACUUCGGAUGCAGUUCAUUAUCGAUAACGCACAGGGUAUUCGCUUAAAAUAUGCAUGCACGAUGUUUGGUUAUGUUCAUUUUAGGUUUCCUCCAAAGACACUAAGUACUGGUUCUAGGCCCAGACAACGGACUCGAGAGCGUUUCAAUAAGCCUGAGGCUUUCGAUGCAAUCGAGCUAAUAUAAAUAGGUUUAAACUAAUAAUAAUACAGUUGUAUUUAAUAUUUUCUCACAACAAACAAUCCAAUGUAUUUAUUUUAUGACACUAUUUGAAGUAUUAAAGUAAUACUUAAAAGACAUUCAUUAUGUAUUAUUACAGGUAAUAAGUUGGCUUUCUAUUUAUUUUCUACUCUGAAGUUUAACAUGUAAUAUGUCCAAUAGCUCAUCAACAAUUCAUGUAAUAAGCGCCGCGUCAAGCGGAAAUGUGUCUUAUGACAGAAGCACAUGCGUAAAUUUUAAAUAUCGAGUCGAGGUCUAGUCUCAUGUGAUAUCAAACUGAGUUUGCCUUUAUUUAUUAUGGUAUGUACAUACAUGAUGUUAUUGAAUGCUGUUUCGUGUACCGGUAUGUGUGAUUUAAAAAGUAUGAUGUGGCCCGAUUGGGAUACAAUUGAAACAUGUAUAUAUAUAUUGUAUAAUAUAUGACGUAUUUAUAA